UAAAGGUAUCUAUUAACAGAAUGGAUUAACACUUACCCUUUUGAGUCUUGAGGGCUCCUCUUUCAGACAGAUUGGACAGUCAGGUGUGAACUGAAUUCUAAGGAAGCAUGGAGCCCGGCCUGGCAGUGCUAUUCUUGGUGUUGUUUGUGGUGAUGUUUGUGAUACGAUGGUACCGGGAGAGGCAGACUGUGGCGAACUUGACAGAGAAAUAUGUCUUCAUCACCGGCUGUGAUUCCGGCUUUGGGAACCAGCUGGCCAGACAGCUGGAUCUCCAGGGCCUGCGCGUGUUGGCGGCCUGUCUCACUCAGGAGGGGGCAGAGCAGCUGGAGAGGCUCACAUCUGAUCGGUUGAAAACCACCAUUCUGGAUGUCACCAGCACGGAGAGUGUUGCGGCAGCGACCGAGUGGGUGAAAGGACACGUAGGCGGAAAAGGGCUCUGGGGCUUGGUAAACAAUGCUGGCACUGUUAAUCCUACAGCUCCCAAUGAGUGGUUGACCAGAGAUGACUUCGGGAAUGUACUGAAUAUCAAUCUACUUGGGCUGAUUGAUGUGACGCUACACAUGUUGCCCCUGGUGAGGAAAGCCAGGGGAAGGGUGAUCAACGUCUCCAGCAUACUGGGUCGACUAGCUUUCUUUGGAGGAGGCUACUGUCCCUCCAAGUAUGGAGUGGAGGCUUUUUCUGACAGUCUCAGGCGUGAGCUCCUUCCAUUUGGUGUGAAAGUAGCUGUGAUAGAGCCAGGCUUUUUCCGAACAGCCAUGACCAAUCCCGAAAAACAUUUUGACUGCUUGGAGCGGCAGUGGGUCAGCAUCCCGAAGGAAGUCAAAGAUGCCUAUGGCCAGACCUAUUUUGAAAGUUUCUACAGGAUGACUAAAGAGAGUCUCGAAACUCAGUGCUGCGCAAACCUCUACCUGGUCACUGAUUGUAUGGAACACGCCUUGAUAUCCCAGCACCCCCGCACACGCUACUCUGGGGGCUGGGAUGCCCAGUUCUUCUACAUUCCUCUCUCUUACUUGCCCACAGCCUUUGCAGACUUUGUGCUGACCCGGUCUUUGCCAAAACCUGCUCAGGCUGUGUAAAGAAGGUGGGCUAGAAAAGGUCAGGUUUGGGGGAGAGAAGUGCAGUGAUAGGGCAUCGGGCUCCAAACAUGCCUCUAAAUAUGCCAAUAUAAGUAUUUGCCCAGUGUAAGAGCUUUAUCACACGUACCUGCUUCCCUCGGAUUAUCCCCGUAGGGCUUAGCUUUCACGGUUGCUGUUGUUUUUGCUACCGGGCGACAGUGAUCAUUUGCAUAACAGGAAGUUAGUUUAAGGGGAGAAAUGUAAAAAAUCAUUAAAAAUCAAUGGAUGAUCCAAUUUAAUUCAAA